GGGGGAGGGAGGGGAGGGAUGGGGGGAAAGCCAGCGGGAGGACAGGUGAGACAGCAGGACAGGACCGGAGCAGGGCCCCAAGCCCCCGGGCCGGCGGGGGACGCGCUUCUCUCCACACCCCGUGCUUCAGCGGCUCCGGCCAGCGGACCCGAAGGCGGAGAGGAAAAGAUGGGGAGCCCCGAGGACGACCUAAUCGGGAUCCCGUUCCCAGACCACAGCAGUGAGCUCCUGAGCUGCCUCAAUGAACAGCGCCAGCUGGGCCACCUCUGCGACCUCACCAUCCGGACGCAGGGCCUUGAAUACCGCACCCACCGUGCUGUGCUGGCCGCCUGCAGCCACUACUUCAAGAAGCUCUUCACUGAGGGCGGUGGCGGAGCCCUCAUGGGGGCUGGGGGCGGCGGUACAGCCGCUGGGGGAGCAGGCACUGGCGUGUGCGAGCUGGACUUUGUGGGGCCGGAGGCGCUGGGUGCCCUGCUCGAGUUUGCCUACACGGCCACGCUGACCACCAGCAGCGCCAACAUGCCCGCGGUGCUGCAGGCCGCACGGCUGCUGGAGAUCCCGUGUGUGAUCGCAGCCUGCAUGGAGAUCCUGCAGGGCAGUGGGCUAGAAGCUCCCAGCCCUGAUGAGGACGACUGCGAGCGAGCCCGCCAGUACCUGGAGGCCUUCGCCACGGCCACAGCCUCAGCCUCUGGGGUGCCCAACGGUGAAGACAGCCCACCGCAGGUCCCCCUCCCGCCCCCGCCCCCGCCCCUGCCCCGGCCAGUGGCCCGCCGCAGCCGCAAGCCCCGGAAAGCUUUCCUGCAGACCAAGGGGGCCCGGGCAAACCACUUAGUGCCCGAAGCCCCCACCGUGCCCGCCCCCCACCCCCUGACCUACGAGGAGGACGAGGUGGCCGGCAGAGUGGGCAGCAACACGGGCAGCGGGCUGGGGGAGAGCUACAGCCCCCCAGCAGGGACUGCUUCCCCCCCGGAGGGGCCCCUGACUUACGAGGCCUAUGAGGGUGAGGAAGAAGAAGAGGAGCUGGUGUACCCUUCUGCCUAUGGGAUGGCACAGGGAGGUGGGACCCCGCUGUCCCCCGAGGAGCUGGGCUCAGAUGAGGAUGCCAUCGAUCCUGACCUAAUGGCCUACCUAAGCUCACUGCACCAGGACGCCCUGGCACCGGGCCUAGACGGCCAGGACAAGCUGGUGCGCAAACGCCGCUCCCAGAUGCCCCAGGAGUGUCCAGUCUGCCACAAGAUCAUCCAUGGGGCAGGGAAGCUGCCACGCCACAUGAGGACCCACACGGGGGAGAAGCCCUUCGCCUGUGAAGUGUGCGGUGUCCGCUUCACCCGGAAUGACAAGCUGAAGAUCCACAUGCGGAAGCACACGGGAGAGCGCCCCUACUCGUGCCCGCACUGCCCAGCCCGCUUCCUGCACAGCUAUGACCUCAAGAACCACAUGCACCUGCACACGGGGGACCGGCCCUAUGAGUGCCACCUGUGCCACAAGGCUUUCGCCAAGGAGGACCACCUGCAGCGCCACCUCAAGGGCCAGAACUGCCUGGAGGUGCGCACCCGGAGGCGCCGCAAGGACGAUGCGCCACCCCACUACCCGCCGCCCUCUGCCACCGCCCCCUCCCCUGCUGGCCUCGACCUCUCCAAUGGCCACUUGGACACCUUCCGCCUCUCUCUGGCUCGAUUCUGGGAGCAGUCAGCUCCGACUGGGCCCCCUGUCUCCACCCUGGGGCACCCUGAUGAGGAGGAAGAGGAGGGGGCACCCAGUACGCCUCAGGCUGAAGGGGCCAUGGAGUCCUCUUAAAGAGGGCAGAGCGGCCCGGCUGGAGCAGUGAGGCGCCCAUGCCAAGCAGUGGGAGCAUGCGGGACACACAGAGCUGUGGUCAGGGCGCUGGGCCUCCCUGGCCUCAGAAAUCCACCCCUUCCCCCCAGAGCCCUCAUUCCAGUUCCAAGCUGCGAAGGUUGUGGGGUCAGGCCCCCCAGAUUGGGGUGAUCUCCCGAGGAGUGAUACGGGAUAGUACCUAUUUACAGCUCUAUCGUCAAGGUGGGGUCCCUGUACCCGACUGCUCCUGGGGAGUAGAAGCAAUAAUGUAUUUCUGA